GUGGCUUGUACAUUGUGUAGUGAUUUGUAUGGCAGGACCAAUUGUAGUUGUAGACUAUAUGUUGUCUGUAGAGUUCUUAGAAAAACAACUGCACGGGCGGGGAGCUGUUCGUCUCGAAGACUAAAUGAAAACUAUUUCGUUGCUCAGUACGGGUCCUUGGAGCUAAGUGAAAGCUCGCUGAUGACGGGCGUUGAAAUCGUUUUUACUUUCGCUUCUGCGUGAGCGGCGAAGGGGCAAUAGGCUUUGACAAACAAAUGGAGUUCAGAAGCAGUCCAUGGCUUCAGAGUUCACGACCAUCCAGGUCUUCAAGGUUCCCAGCAUCCUCCCUGCUGACCGCAUGACUGAUAAGUUGAUGAUUCACUUCCUGCGGCCAAGGAAUGGGGGAGGAGAAGUGCUGGGAGUAAAGUUCCCUAUGAGCACCCCAGGACAGGCACUGGUGACUUUUGAACUCCUGGAAGUGGCUGAUCGUGUUUUACAGCGGGACCAUGUCCUGGAGCUGGAGGGACAGAGGUUCCCCUUGGAGCUCAAGAAACUAGAGAUUGACAUUCCAGCAGAGACAAAUCUAGAUCUCCAGAUGUUUCCAGACCAAAGUUCUGUAUGGGAGUUGCUUCAGCGACAUCGUUUCAGAGUGACACAUGGCAGCCCUGGGCAACUGCACCUGCAAGGGACCUUCCUAGGCCUGAGUGUGUUACGGACUCAGCUGCAAGAACUGCUGCUCACUGCACCCCCUGCCCGUGUGCGUGGCCCCCCUCAUCAUCACUACCCCCUGAAAGAGCAGGAGUAUUUAGGAACGCUCCACAUCAAUGGGUACGCUGCUGGGUCCAAAACCAAGGUUUCUCAGGAAUCCACCAUGCUUUUAAAGCAAAAUGGAGCUGUGGACAUAGGUGGGACUCAUCACAGUAGAAGCCCUCCAUUUACUGGAAGCACAAUCCCCAGCCGUGAGUCUCUGCGUAGUCCUGCUGCCACUGCAGUGUUGUCUGGCUCCUUUGAAUCUUCCUCUUUCACUUACCCCUCCCCUAGCAGGUCUGGGGACUCAUCCCAUGAGUGGUUAGAGUCUUUCCGCAGUGAUGCCAGCACCCCAAGGCACAGGGCUGACCUCUCCUUCAGCGCCUCUUCUUCCCAGAGUCACUCCCCUCGUUCCAGUGCCCACCCUCAGACAUCCUUCGUCAUCGACACACACGUAAUCCGCUAUGCCCAAAGAUUCAAGAGUGUGGAUGUGCAAGAGAUCUUGAAGAAACAUUCUUUAAGAAUGAAUGUGCAAGGAGAAGGCUCUGAAUUGAGCACUGUAACGCUGCUCCCUGCUUUUUAUGAGGCUGAGAGGGGCACACAGAGAACUCUUCAGAGCACCUUGAAGAGUGCCUGUGAUGAGCUGUCCAGCUUCCUGUCUCUGGUCGGCCAAUCUCUGCGCACGCAGGAGGUACACCUGUCCUCAUGUGACCAUGAUCAGCGGGCUGCAAUCGCUAAGAGUAUUCCAGUGCUGGCAGAAGUCUACUCUGUGCUUGUCAAGCAACGGGGGGACACCAUCUAUCUGGUGGGAUCCUCCAGAGGGAGCUACGAGAUGAAGCUGAGGUUGCUGGGAGAGGAGCUCAGUUUGCCAGGUGUGGGUCGCGAGGGGAGGGGGGUGCGACCCGGCAGGACUGUCACACGGAGCUCCUCUCUGCCUCGCACGCCCAGUAGGACAGGAGUCCGGGUACCUGAACAGGGAUCUCCCAGAGCUCAGGGGUAUUCUCCCAGUAAGUACCAGAAAGAGGACGUGGGACCUGGGAAGCAGAUGCAGGAGAUGGCUGCAUUAAUGCCUUGUGCAGACAGAGAGGUCCCAAGAAGGAGAAGCCACUCUGAGACCCGUAAUAAGCAUUUGAUAGAAAGACCAGUACAGGGUGAGAGCAGCCUAAGAAACAUGCAGUCUGGUAUACAGAAACAUGUAGGGCUGGACCCUGUAACAAUGCAGAGGACUGAGAGACAAAGUAGAAAAACACCAACAAUACUAAAAUCACUGGGUGAUUUGUCAAAACAAAAACAAAAAGUGAUGAAGCAUAAAUGACCAAAGUCUGUGGAUGUGUAUGUUCUUUUACAGCUGUGCCUGAGCAAAACUAAUGUGUACAAGUAUGUAUUACCUAAGGAAUUGAGAGUUAAAACUUGCUAAUGGUAUGAAAAUAAGAGUCUAGGCUGUGUUUUUAACUUCUCAAAAUUACGACAGCCCAAUUUCAGUGCUUCAGCUGCAUUGUGAAACAUGUGGACUGUAGAGAAAAUUGCUUGUGCAUGCCUAACAAGUCAGCGAGAGUGAGAGUAUGACAUUUCAGAAUGGGGUACAGCAGGCAAAAAGCCUGGCCAAUAAAUACCCUUUUCUCACAAGAAUUAAAAAAACUGAAUCUCAGUACUGUUCCUUCUUUAAAUACCAACAUUUUCAGGGCAUGUUCUCUCUCUGUGAUGUUCCUACAUCACUUUACAAAACCAUUAAAAGCCCAAGGAUUUGUGUGCCAAGGCUGACCAGCACCUCACUCUCUUGAACACAACUGAACACAAUUAAAAAUAGCUGUGAACUGUCCUUGAUACAACUUAUUGUAAAUAUUGUCAUUUCCUACUAUUGUGAUGACUCACUCAUGACCAACAGAAUCGUUUGUAUAAUACACUCAUGUGCUAAAAUAUUUGGUAUCCCUACCAAUUAACAUGCUGAGCCUCAGCAAGUUGUUAAAAAAUAUGAACAGUUUUCUUGAAUUCCACAAGACUUUAAGACACUUCAGGCAGCUUUCAGAAAUGAUUGGGAGUGUUCGGUAUUCAGUAAAAUAAUGAUGUGUGGGACUGACCUGCUCAACCCAUAAUUUUCAACAGGAUUAAGGUUCAGGGCUUAAUCAGAUGCUGAUGGAAGUCUGUCUCUUGUCCUGAAGAUGACUAUGGAUUGUACUCAGGCUGCUCAUUUGCCUUAAUAUUUUAUUCAGUGAGUGUAUAGAAAGAAGACUGUACCAUGUCUUGUGAAGGUGUUGAUUAAGGUAAAUUAAAGUUUCCAGCACCAUGUUUAGAAGCUGCUAGCUGUAGUAUCUGUGGCAUUUUAAAGGAAAAGGAUUGCAUAAUCCAGCCUCAUUGUUCUACGCAUUUGAAAAUAAUUAUAUUUUACAUAUGUUAUACCAAUGGAGCUGUAUGUUUUGAUGUUAAGAUUACGAAGUAAAGUCUUCAUUGAAAUUAA